AUGGAGUACUUCGACUUCGACGAGGCUUCGUAUGAUUCGCAGUCGCUUGUUCGUGAGGAUGACAUCGCCUCCGACAAAUUCGAAAUUGAUGAGGGUGAUGCCAUUGCGAACCACAACGCUUUUCUGCAGGACGAACCCUUAGAUCUCCCCCAUGACCCACCAGAGCAGGGUCUGGAGGAACAUCAAUUGGUGGAUGUUCCCAAUUCUCUGCUGGAUAAUGGGGUCUAUCCAAUGAGGCGUGCCAGGGAGCCCUGUGAUUUCUGCAGGCAUAUGAACCUAGAUUGUUUCGUUGCGAAGAGUGGAGUUAUGCGCCAAAGCGGCUGUACUUGUUGCAUCUCCCUCUGGCGUGAAUGCAGUUUCACAAAGCAGGUCGAAGCUCCCGGCCGGUUCCUGGAUACAUUACACCCGAUUGCCGAGAACACCGACAAUGGAACGGGUGGCCUAACAGGGAAGAAGGCGCUCAAGUCUCAUUCGUACAUCGCCGAGGAUGCGGACGGCCAGUCAAGGAAGAGCAAUUCCCGAUUGUCGCGCGAAGCGGUCCGCAUCCUCAAGACAUGGCUGCUGGACCAUAGCGCCUAUCCCUACCCCACUGAUCAAGAAAAGGACGAGCUGAAGCAACGCACGGGGUUAAAACGAACCCAGAUUUGCAACUGGCUCGCCAACGCUCGGCGACGCGGUAAAGUUCGUCCUCCGCCGCGCAGCAGCUCUCCGGCGCCCGGAGCAGUAGAUAUCCCCGGACAACAGCAACGUCGAGACGUCGCAACCAUGACGCCCCUGGAACGUUGGAAGCACUCGCCCCCCGAAAACGAACCUGCUGCUACCUCCGAUAUUAUUCGAGCUUUGAACAAUACAUCGCUGAAUCCUGAGCGGCCGCGCUCGUUCCAUCCCGGUCACGUGCGUUCCCAUUCUCGGAAGACUGGGUCCAGCAAUGACUCAAGCCAUGACAACUCCAAUUUAUUCAAUGCUCCAUCAGUCAGCAGUCAUGAAACCAGUCAAUCAGCCAGUCGCUCUUCCUUAUCCGAUCUCUCCUUUGCGUCUGCCUUCUCACACCGUUCCUCAUUGGGGUCUUUUGGCUCGAUGGAACGGAAGGAACGGCGUCGUCGUCGGAAGCCCUCACUGCCCGUCAACCUGUUCAAUCAACAGAAGGCCCGCAACGCCCGGAUAUUUCAAUGCACCUUCUGCACAGAUACCUUUCAGACAAAGUAUGAUUGGCAGCGCCAUGAGAAGUCGCUUCAUCUAGCACUGGAGAAGUGGACCUGCUCGCCGCUCGGGGGAGUGGCCUCUGUCGGCGGCGCCAAUCGCUGCGUGUUCUGUUUGGCCAUUGACCCAGACAUGGACCAUCUAGAGUCACACAACUUCACUGCCUGCCAAGAAAAGACAUCUGCAGAACGCUCCUUUUACCGGAAGGAUCAUCUCAAUCAGCACCUUCGGCUCAUGCACAAUGUCAAGUUUCUCCCAUCCAUGGAUGCAUGGCGAAGUAGCAUCACUGAGUUGAAGUCGCGAUGUGGAUUCUGUGGAAUCAGUCUCUCCACCUGGAAGGACCGGGUUGAUCACUUGGCCUCGCAUUUCAAAAACGGCAGCAACAUGACUCAAUGGCGAGGAGACUGGGGUUUUGAGCCUUUCAUCUUAAACCUUGUUGAGAACGCCAUGCCACCCUACCUCAUUGGCCACGAUCAAAAGACCCUCAAGCCUUUCAAGCCUUCCUCUGCAGUAGAGAAAGAUCCCGGUCUCAUGGUAGCGGAAGAUGCCAACUGCUUCAUUCGGCUGAAGCGUGAACUGUCUGCAUUUAUACACAACCAUGUGGCGGCAGGCGUUUUGCCUACGGAUCAGAUGAUUCAGGACGAAGCUCGGAUGAUCAUAUACGGCACUGAUGACCGUUGGCAUCAGACCUGUGCCGACAACCCCGUAUGGCUCAGCUUUCUGAAGCGGGAUACUGGCCUCGAAGCAGUUCCCGGCUCGGAACACAUCAAGUUCUCUGACUUGGGUAUGCAGCCACCGUUCGCCACGACUGACGGAUUACGACAACCGCCUGUCGAAACAAACUUGCUAGCACGGUCUGCCUGUCGCUCGCAACCACCUUUCAGCCCCAUGGGCCCUCCGUCAGGGUUUCAGAGCCCAGCGCUUCCCGGAACUAGUCGAUCCUCUAUCCCAGCAAGCGCACCUGGGAGCUCCUUCGGUAGCUUCGCUGAAAGUUCCAGCAUCGUGCCCACUAGGCCCCAGUCAGGGCUGUCCUCUGACUGGGGAAGCAGUGUGUCUGCUGGAGCUACUGCAUUCUCUACUCCACUGAGUGCUUCGGUUGAUCCGUUUGUGCAAAUGGGAUUCGACCCAGAAUUCCUUCAACAACUGAACUCUCGGUAUGAUGAAAUGCCAUUGGAGGAGCUGCAGGGAUUCGGGUUUGAAGGCGACGGUAGAGGCGAUAAUAGUUUUGUAUCUCAUGGGCACGAGGCACAGGUGGCAGUUUCCAUGGGACAACCAUCGGUCCCGUCAAAGAUGGCUUCUGCGCCCAUUCCAAUUCCCAGUCCCAAGCAAAACGAGGUGUACAUGUCCGAUGCGGGCCCCGAACCAAACCAGAACAUGGCAGGGGAUCUAUAUUAUCCCGGCAGGAAUGCUUGA